CUAAUUUGUUUGGGCGUCUAAAAACAUGGCCCGAAUAAUCCAUCCAAAACCCCGAAGAAAUGGGCUUAGGGCUCCCUUACCUUCAACGGUAUAGAGAGAGAGCCUCGGUGGGAGAGAAAGAGAGAGAGACUGGGGAGUGAAGGAGAGAGAUAUGCUAACAGAAGCGAAACCAACUGGAUUGAAGAAAUUCAAGAAGGAAGACAAGCCUACUGAAACUGUUCCGGAGACAAACACGAAUGAAGUAAAGGAAGAAAAGAAAAGGAACAAAUCUCUGGGGCAGAAGAGAGGAGUUACGGUAAUGGGAAGCAGAAGUAAAGCCACUGUAGUUGGCCAACAUGACAUUGAAGCAUUCAAGUCAGAUGGGGCACUCAGCGAAAAGAACAAAAUAAAAUUGUUGAGGAAGAAGAAAAGAAAGAGAGACAGAAUGAAUGUAUCUGAAAUUGGAAAAGUUGAUGUGCUACAUGAUUAUGUGGAAUAUGCAUUGGACGAACAGAAUGGCGAACAUACACAUGGAAAAAAGGAAGAUGGAAAAUUGAGGAAAAAGGGGAAAAGAACUGAGAAGACAAAGAAAGCUGGAAUUGACAAAGUCAAUGUGCUCCGUAACGAAGUUGAAGAUGACUCUAAAGAAGAGAAUGGCAAGUCUAGAAAAGCUCGCAGGAGUAAAAAGGGCCACCUAUCAUCAAAGAAAGAAAAGAAAGCACUGGAAAAGAGCGAACCUGCACAGGAUGAGGUUUAUGAGAUAUCUUCAGGCGACGAGGACUGCUCUAGAGGGAUGAGAAAGUGGAUGACAGAAUACCAACAAAGUAGACCAGGGUUGGAGAUAUUACAACAUAGGAUUGAUGAUUUUAUGACUGCUUAUGAGGAGCAAGAGGAGCAGGCAAGAAAAGAACAAGAAGCUCUUGCCGCCGAAGGGGGAUGGACGGUUGUUGUACAUCAUAAGGGUAGGAAAAAGACAACAGAUACAGAGAGUGGAAUUGCUGUGGGUUCAGUUGCUCAGGCUGCUGUUCUGGAAAGAGAGGCCAAAAAGAAGAGUAAAACUAAAGAUGUUGGGGUAGAUUUCUACCGGUUUCAGAAGCGGGAGGCCCAGAGGAAUGAGAUUAUGGCGCUCCAAAGUAAAUUCGAGCAGGAUAAAAAGAGGAUACAGCAGUUAAGAGCUGCAAGAAAGUUUCGGCCCUACUGAUUGCCAUGAAGUUGUAAACGUAGAUUUAUUUGCUGGAGUUUUCCCCUCCGUAAUAGAGGGUAAGUGCUUCAAUUCAAGAUCGCUGGACGAUGAAAUUCGUUAUGCGUUAGGUCACAAAAGCAACAAGGGGUGGUUCGACAUUAGGAUGAUAGUCUAAACGAGCCACAGAUGGUGAUCCUUUUGUACCAAAUUGAAAGCUUCUCAAGAAGUGACCUCUGUUUCUGGGCAGGGCUAACCCAUUGCUUUUGUCGAUAGAGCUUAAGAAUGAUGUCAGGCAAAUGAUUAUUGAACUGGUUUGUAUACUACUUAAAGUGUGUUUGGGAGCCUCAUUUUUUUUACCUCUUGCAUUUUCCUUUUUGACGUUUAGGAGUAUGGCCAGAAUGUAUUAGGAAUCCAUAGAGUAUUCGGAAUUGGGAUAUAUCUGCGGUCUUUUUGUUAUCAAGGGAUUCACAAGACAUUUCUCUC